GACUCGUCGGUCACAAAAUGGUGUCCUCGAAGAAACCUUUCUUCGGUCUGACCGGGGGAUGGCUGACCUUUUGGCUCACAGUCGCUUGCGGUGUGGAUAUGACGCUGUUCGGAUACGAUCAGGGUGUCUUUAGCGGCGUGGUCGUGACGCAAGACUUCCUAGAACUCCAUGAUCUGGUCGGCCCUACAAAGACGAAAACGCUUUCAACAGUGACCGCUAUUUAUGACGUUGGUUGCUGUCUCGGUGCCAUUCUCGCGUUUACGAUCGGCGACAGCCAGGGCCGCAAGAAAUGUAUCCUCUUAGGUACUGCCAUUAUAGCUAUCGGCACCAUUUUGCAGGCGUCAUCAUACAGUUUGGCUCAGAUGUUCGUCGGUCGGGUUGUGCUAGGUAUCGGCAAUGGUAUGAACACAGCUACGGCACCCAUCUGGCAAACUGAAACUGCACAGGCAAAAUGGAGAGGAAAGCUGGUCAUAUUUGAAUUGGGGCUGAAUGUCGGUGGGUACUGUAUCGUCAACUGGAUCAAUUACGGCCUAUCCUUCCACGAGGGACCCAUCGCGUGGCGGCUGCCUAUCGCUUUGCAGUUUGUCCUUAUUAUUAUAUUGUUUCUCACUGUGCCAUGGCUUCCUGAAUCACCAAGAUGGCUUAUAUCGCGAGAUCGCCAUGAUGAAGCGUCGGAAGUGCUUGCCUGUAUAGAAGGAAUGUCUAUCGAUGACCCCUUUAUUACGACCCAGCACAACGAAAUCAAAUUUAGCAUCCAGUACGAGCGCGAUAACGCCGUCCGUUGGCGAGACCUCUUGCUCCGUCGUCAGUCCGACAGCACUAAAACCCUUCGCCGGUUGCUCCUAGGUGCCGGCACACAGGCCAUCCAGCAGCUUCAAGGGAUAAACAUCAUGAGUUAUUAUUUGCCGACGGUGUUGAUGAAUUCAGUCGGACUCUCGAAUAGCCUGGCUCGACUCUUGACAGCCUGCAACGCGACGUCAUACUUUAUCUUUUCAUGCCUGGCAGUCACAGUGGUCGAAAGACUUGGCCGCCGAGGUCUAAUGAUGCUCUCUGGUUUUGGUCAGUUCGUCUGCUUCCUAGUAAUUACCAUCCUUCUUCGUUUUGCGGAGAUUGAUACGGUAUACGCGACUGCGUCCGUUGUCUUCUUUUUUCUGUACCAUAUAGCAUUUGGCAUGGGAAUGCUCGGCGUGCCAUGGUUGUAUCCAACCGAAAUCAACUCCUUACCCAUGAGGACUAAAGGAGCAGCGGUAGCAACAGCGACAAAUUGGAUCACAAAUUUUGCCAUUGUUGAGAUUACAUCCAUUGGGAUCCAAAACAUUGGAUGGAAAUUCUGGAUCGUGUGGACUGUGCUUAAUGCAGUCUUCCUACCGAUUAUUUACUUCCUAUAUCCGGAGACAGCAAACCGAACGUUGGAAGACGUGGAUGCCUACUAUCGGUCCAACCCGCCAUUGAUCGUAGCCGGUGAUCCAGAUGCCACUUCGACAAAGCGUCCCCUCAGGUUCAUCCAGCAUGAAGAUAAUGAAGUCCAGAGGAGAGCGAAACAAACCGAGUCUCUGGCCUCGAAGGGCGACGAGUUUGCCAGUGCGGAGCAUGUAGGUUGA